ACUUCUUUGAGUUUUGGACUUUUGGCUUUUACUUUUACGAUAUUUGUAAUUUGUUUUACUUCUACUUGUGAUUUAUCAUUUAUCAGUAUUUUAUGUGUGCAUUGCAAAGGAUUGCAAUUAUUUACUUACUUAAAGCUGUUUGAAUCAUUUAACAAAUUAAUACACACUGGCACAGCAAUGAAUGAGUCUUAUAGAAUUUUAAGUUCUUGGUUAUCCAUUCGCAGUUUAUCUGACUUUGCCUUGCAUUUCGUGCAAACUUCAUCAGUAGCGUUAGGAAUCUAAGAGUUCCGGAGACUUGUGAAUCUUAAUCAACCAUGGCCCUCAAACUUCAGGGGAUGGAAAAUUACAUGGAAUCUGAUGAAGAAGGAGAUGGGCGCGACUCUGUGUCUUCGUAUUCUCCUGUCUCUACAGAAGGUGGUUCUCAGACGGAAAAUGAAGCGAAACCUGGUUUAGAUCUGCCUUCGCGCAUCGGCAUACCUUCCGAACAAUUCGGUACUCCGCGCUCCCAAACGGACAAUGUAGAUAUAUCCCAGUCUCUCCCCGCCAACCGUUUUGGAUUCCCACAAAAUGUCGAUCUGCGCGACGAAGAAAAAGUGAAAAUUCCCGAUGACGCUCCGAGAGCAUGUCCUGCAGUAUUAGAAGAAAGGGUUGCUGAUCUCGUGGCCAAACAGCGACGCCAUAAUUAUGACAUUAACGCUGAAAUCCACAAGAGCAAGGAAUUUCGUAAUCCAAGUAUUUAUCAGAAACUGAUUGAAUACUGCGGCAUUGACGAAGUAGGUAGUAAUUUCGAUAAAAAUGAUUUUGAUCCCACGCGAUGGACUGACGGUUCCAGUAUGGAAAGUCUAGCGAAAGCACAGAGCAUCGCAAUGGAGAAAUAUGAACGCGAGAGGAAAGCCAAAGGAGGCCCGGAGCCAGCUGUAAAGCGGAAAACCAAAUGGGAUUCCGAUCCCAAGCCUGGCGUUCCUGCACGCGCUGUUGGUCAUGGAGUCGCUAAAGUGGCCUCAGCGGGCAAUUUAACGAAGUCUACAAAAUGAUUCGAAUUGCUGUGGAAGCGGAGUAUUUUUUUGGUCGAACUGUUUUUUGGACCUGAUUAUCCAAUUUUUUUCGAUCGCCAUGGAAGAAUUCCGGGAACGAUCCGUUUCAUAGUUCAUACUACUUUUAAUACUUCUGUUCUUAUCAUUUGUUAUCUCGAGGAUCGAUUUAAAAAAUAAACAAUAUAACACUUAGUCACUGAUAAUUUUCUCUGAUUCGUUUCCAGUGCAGAAUUUAAAGAGCAGUAUCGGGCAUUUAAAGAGCAGUAUUCAGAGGCAUCUGUUACACGGGCCUGAGAAAAUCAUUCCCUUGUGUUAUAUAACGUAUGGUUAUUACUUAACGUAUUGGUUAGUACAGUAGUAUUAAUAUUUCAUCCUAGCAAAACAAGCAAU